AUGAUCCCAGCUCCACUUGACGCUUCCUUAUUGAGAGAACAUGCGUUCCAGGGAACUAACGAUUUGAGCAUUGUUUUGAGCCCAAAAACGUUUACUGAUGAAGGUGGAUAUAAACCUGUACUGAAGUAUGGACUGGGUUAUUUCAAUUACGGACUCGUCUUAGACGACGAAGUUUACGAUUAUUCAGUGUGUGAUAUCAUCAGGGGGCACGUUUAUGAUCACUUUUGGUGUUAUUUUUAUUGCUUUUUGGUUUUAUUUACCAUCUGGUUUAUAAAUUUGAACUAUUUUUCUGGUGGUAAGAAGAGCAAGUUUGAUUGGAGUAAGAAGAAUGAUGACUGCAAGAUUGAGACAGGUGACUUGGAGUAUCAACACGUCAAGAUAUAA